AUGCCUGGCGUGACGAAUCAGGUUCGACAACGGACACUUAUCCUCGAUCUGGGGGACGUGCUCUUCCACUGGUCUGCCCGCGACCUCACGGUCUUCUCUCCCCAAACAUUCCACGCCGUCAUUCUAUCACCAACAUGGAGCGAAUAUGAGAGUGGCCGGAUAACCGAAGAGAAAGCUAUCUCGCUUAUUGGCGAGGAGCUCUCACUCAAGCCCUCUGACAUUGCAGAAGGACUCUUGCAAUGUCGCAACACGUUGCGAGUCGACUCGGACCUCAUCAACGAACUCAAGAAGCUCAAGGCCGAGUUCCAAGGAAGCCUCAAAGUUUACGCUAUGAGCAACAUAACCAAGGAUGAUUUCGCACGCCUCAAGCUCAUACUGCCAGAUUGGAGCUUGUUCGAUGCCGAAUACCCAUCCUUCGAGGCCGGUAUGACCAAGCUAGAGCUGGCUUUUUUCCAGCACGUCAUAGACGACAUCGGACUGAGCGACCCCACCUCCGCUAUCUUCGUCGACGACAAAGUCGGCAAUGUUAACAGAGCGCGUUCUUUCGGUAUACAAGGAAUCGUGUUCGGACCAUCAACUGAUCUUAUACGCGAGCUCCGCAACAUGCUCUAUGAUCCCGUGCCCCGGGCACGGCAAUUCAUGGAGACUAGCUCGAAGAAGAACACGUGCUAUAUUGAGGGCGGCGGCGAGUUUCUCGAUUCCUUCUCUCAGUUUCUCAUCCAUUAUGAAUUGAGGGACACCAGUCUUAUCAGCUUGUCACGUGCUGAUGCCCCGGCGGCGGAGGUGAAGAAAACUAUUGAGCAGGCUGCUCGGGAAGCGAGAACGUGGAACUACUUUAUCGGCGAGCCAGUCGGCACAACAAAGUCCUUCCCAAAUGACAUCGACUCCACAUCGACUUACCUGCUUGCUUUCUCCCCACCUGCGGCCUCAGCCAAUCCUGUCUUGGACCGCAUCGCCGCAAACCGCCACGCCACAGAAGGCCUUGCCAUGAUCUACUGGUGCGAAAAGCGACCUCGCAUCGACCCCUUCGUCCUGGUCAACGCUAUCCGCGCCUUCUACCACUACAACCGCGGCGUAGAGAUGCAACCCGAGCUCAACUACGUCCGGCGCAUCCUACUCCACCGCGGUUACGUCGAAGGCUCUGAGAUGUACAUUUCCGGUGAACCCUUCUUGUACUUUGUAUCCUGCCUCAUUGCGGAGAACCCAAAUGCACCAGAGGUUCAGACGCUGCGGGAGCCUGCGGCUGCUGUUCUUCGCGACUAUGUUAACAGCAAAGGUGAUUCUUUCUGUGUUACGGCACGUGUGCUUGCUUGUCAGAAACUUGGUGUGGAUCCGCAGUCGGAUAUCCGUUAUCUCAAGAGCUUGCAGGAGGUCGAUGGCGGUUGGGAACUUGGUUGGCCGUGUAAGUUUGGAAGGAGUAGGAAGAGGAUUGGGAGUCGUUCUGUCUCUACUGCGUGGGCUAUCAAGGCACUUGAGCAUGACGCGCGGAAGUUUCAGAAUGGCACUAAUGGGACGAAGCUUGAGAGGGCUCUUGGUAAAUGA